CAGUCAAAUCCAAAUCCAAAGUUGUGAGUGCUGCAGGUGCAGCAAUCGAGUACAGCGUGCAGCAGCAGCAGUGCAGCUUUUUUUGUCGCUUCGUGUGGUCAGCGGUGGUGGUGCUUUUAUUUAUCUCCGACUCAGCCAAAUUCCAAAAUAUCCUUCGUGCUUCGAGUGAAUCGACGCAACCGUCUCCAGUAUUGCAAUGGCUGUCGUCACAUUCGCAGAACUGAAGGUUCUUCUCCAUCCCCAUUACCUGGUUAACAUAAUCCUGGCUGUCCUGUACAUUGUGCUUCGACUCGUGCGGCCGUUCUGCUCCAUGCUUUUCCUCACAGACAGCUGUGAACUUGAUUUCAGAGAAACUGAAAUCCUCACGUUCCUCGCAGUUAUUGUGCUCUUCCGAACUCGCAAGACCGGAGUCACUCGACUCGUGCCCUACAUAUCGACGGCGUGCAUGUACACUAAAGUUGCCAACAUCCUGCUCUUCUUCUACAAUGAUCCACGCUUGGGAAUAUUAUACAGUGUCAUAUGCUUGGUGCAGAUGAUGGUAUUGCCGGAGCCCAGUUUUAAAGGCAUAGACAAUGUGGUCUACUUUAACGAGACCGAUUUGGACGAAGAGAUCCAGCGGGACAAGCGAGUGGUCUGGUUGAUCACGUUCUACGCUGUCUGGAGCCCAUCGUCCGUUAACUUUGCUCCAAUCUUCUCGGAGCUUGCUGCCAAGUACACGCUGGACAACCUAAGGUUCGGGAAAGUGGACGUUACGCGAUUUCCCAAGGUCGCAGAGGCACAUCAUAUAAGCACCUCAACUUUAACAAGACAGCUGCCCACGGUAAUAUUGUUCAAGGGCGGAAAGCCGAUUCGGAGGAGACCUACCGUUGACAGCAACUCAAAGUUGAUCCGCUUUGCGUUCUCUGCAGAAAAUGUGAUCAAUGCAUUCGAUCUCAAUAAUCUCUACAAUGAGUGCAAAGAAAAUCCUAUCAAGAAAAAGAAGCAACCUGGAGAUGAAGCUAAGAAGAAGGAAGAGUAACAAAAAAAUGUGUAGAUACUGUGGACACUAGUUUUGACAUGGCCACGAGGCCUCGUUGUGGAUAUAUAGUAUAUUAAAACGUCAUUUACCAGGC